AUGGACAACUCGGGGUACAGCAAGUGGAGCAGCAGGUCUGCAGAUGUCCCUGGAGGGCACUGGGGACGCUGGGAGUGCGAGGGACGGACGUCCUUCUUGGUGGCAUUGGCUGUAUUGGUCGCUGCAGUCCUGUGGGCCAUCAUUCUGAGCAUCCUAUUGUCCCAUGCCUCCAAGGAACGAGAGGAACUACUGGACCACCAGGACCUGCUGAGAACAAACGCCUCGAAGCAGGCGGCGGCGCUGGACAUUCAGGAGAAGGAGCUCGGAGCCUGCAGGACUUGUUGUUCCGAGACGCAAGCGCAGCUGCAGACCUCACAGGCGAAGCUUAAGGAGGCGCAGCAGAAACUGCUGGAGCAGGGGAGCACCCUGAAUGAACUGCGCGAAAGCGUGACCAAGGACUUGGCUCAGGCGCGCAGGAAUCGCGAAGACUUCCGCAACCAGCUGCUUCGGGCGUUGGAGGCCGCCAACCUUGGGAACAAUUCCUGUGAACCGUGCCCCACGUCGUGGAUGCCCUUCGCGGGCUCCUGUUACCUUUUCUCACAGAAGCGGGGCAAGUGGCAAGAGGCACAGAAGAGCUGCGCAGACUCCGGCGCGCACCUGGUGAUCGUGGGGGGCCUGGAGGAGCAGACCUUCCUGAGUCGGAACACAAGUGGGCGCAACUUCUGGCUGGGUCUGAGUGCAGUGCGAAGUAAGAACAAGAUCCAGAGCUAUCAAUGGAUGGAUGGUGUCCAGCUCACCUUCAGCCACUGGAACGAAGGGGAGCCCAAUGACUGGUGGGGGAAAGAAAACUGCAUCGUGAUGCUGCCAACAGGACUGUGGAAUGAUGCAACCUGCUCCGUGAUGUAUAACUGGAUCUGCGAGAAGAGGCACCGAUGCUGA